AUGUCCGACGGGUCUCCUUCUUUCCUCCUCCAGGCGUUUACGCAGUCCUAUGACUGGGGAAAGCUAGGAAGUUCCAGCAAGGCAGCGCAGUACGCUCGUGUGGCUGAUCCAAACUUUCGUCUCGACGAGAAGACGCCGUAUGCAGAGCUAUGGAUGGGGACACAUCCAAAUCUCCCGUCCAAAACCCUUGAUGGCGUCCCGUUGCCAAAGAUCCUUGCCGAGUCACCUUCGCUACUGGGAUCAAACUCGAAGGGAGACCUUCCCUUUCUUUUCAAAGUCCUCGCCAUCCGAAAAGCGCUCAGCAUCCAGAGCCACCCGGACAAGGCACUCGCCGAACGCCUCCAUCGUGAGCAGCCAAACGUUUACAAAGAUUCCAACCAUAAACCAGAGAUGGCCAUUGCCCUCACACCCUUCACGGCGCUCUGCGGCUUUCUCCCCGUCGACGACAUUCUAAACAACCUUCGUACUGUACCCGAGCUGGCAGCACUCGUACCCCCGCAACUCGUCGAUGACCUCACCAUCGCACGUGAACAAGCCACAAACCUCAAAUCUCCACCGCUCGCCACUGCAGAGGCUCAUGGUGGAGGUGGCGUAACGAUUGACGACGCCGACCGCGUCCUACUCAAAACUGCGCUCAAGGCCGUCUUCCACGCGCUAAUGACCGCCGACCCAGCGCUCGUCAAGACCCAGCUGGACCUACUCCUCAAACGAUACACGCAUCCACCUCCCAUCUCGACCGAAGCGGCGCUCGUCGACACCAUAAAAACUGUUGCCGAACAGUUUCCAGGAGACAUUGGCGUCUUUUGCAUCUUCUUCCUCAACCUCGUCUCCUUGCAGCCCGGUGAAGCCAUCUUCCUUGGUGCAGGAGAACCCCACGCCUACAUCUCUGGAGAUAUUGUAGAGUGCAUGGCCACGAGUGACAAUGUCCUUCGAGCUGGACUUACGCCCAAACCACGAGAUGUCGAAAAUCUGGUUGGGAGUCUGACGUACUCGAUGGGACGUGCGCAAAAGCACAUGGUCUUUCCGGAACCAUGGGGCGGUGCAGAAACCGAGGGAAGCGGAGGAGGUGCCAAGACGAGAGUCUACGACCCGCCCAUUGACGAGUUUUCGAUUCUGCAUUUUGACCUCGAAGAAGACCAGACAGAACACCAUCGUGCAGUGCAUGGACCAAGUAUUGUGAUUGUGACAAAAGGAAGAGGAGAAAUGGUCGGCAGCAACUCAAUUGUCGUUGAAGAAGGAUGUGUAGUGUUCAUUGGUGCUGGGGAAGAAGUCGUUUGGAAGGCGAGGGGACGUCAAGGAUUGGAGAUUUAUCGCGCAUUCUGCGAGUAA